CUGGUGCGUCGCCCUCGAAAACGUUAUCGACUGCAAACGGCAGAGCCAAGUCAGUCGGGAGAACGCUCGCGCGCGCGCCGUAUGUAUGGACCGGCUGUGAGGAGGAGCGGUGUGUAAGGACAGCAGAGUGGCCGAGAGUGUCUGCGCUUUCUCGACUAGGACAACGCAAGGUGCAGGAGAAAAGGGACGGACAGCGGCAGCAGCUUCCCGAGUUCACGGCGCCCGAAGAAGCGGGUGGUUAGUAGAACAUCUGUUUCCCGCGCGCGGUCUUUGAACCUCGUGCCCAUCCUGAGCCGUCUACACACUCUUCCCGGCGUUACGUACGCACUCGUGGUGUUGGAAACGACGAACAAAACCUCCCUCGUGAACUCGUAGACAACGCUUGUGCCGAGAUACGCGGCGUGUGUGUUGUUCGCCGCGUGCUCAGCGGCCGCAGCCGAUGCGCGGCCACCGAUGAGGCAUCGCGGACCAGCGCGCGAGGUGCUGAUGGUAUGCAGCAUUGGCCGUCGUGCCGCCUGGACAGCGCCUGCCCGCGCGAUGUCGUCGCGCUGUUGCUGCUGCUCCUCGCGGUGCGAGAAGUGACACCGGCAGCUUACAUCCACCAAGCGUGCGACAGCGAUGCCGACUGCGCGAGCGUGGCCAACACCUUCUGCAAGGGUAAAGAGUGCAUUUGCUUGCCAAAGUUCAGCCGCAGCUACCCGCCGUGCAACCAAGGCAUCGAGCUUGGGGAGAGCUGUUCCCGACACGAGAACUGCGAGGUGAGCGACAACAACUCGUACUGUCACCACUCCAUCUGUCGCUGCAAACCGCUUUUUCGGCGGGUCCUGCUUGUCAGCGAGAAUAUCACCCGCUGUCGCCGAGGUCACGAGCCCCGCGAGUCGUGCUACAAUGUCGAAGACUGCAACGGCUCCAACUACACCUGCUACGAAGGCCUGUGCAGGUGCCGCGAGGGCUUCUACAAGGACGAAGAGACCGACGGCUGCAGGCCGAGGCGAUACCUGGACGAGACAUGCGCCCGGGACUCCGACUGCGACAGCCUGGUCAACAACUCCCACUGCAGCAGUGACCACUGCGAGUGCAAGAACGGCUACAUCCGCGAGGGCGUACUGCCCGACGAGCAGCAGUGCGAGAUAGACAGGGGGGGACGCGGCGCCCUUAAGAUCCUCUUCGCUCUCAUGCUUCCGGUGGUUGUGUGCGCGUUCGUCUACCUCUACAGGAACCGCAAGGUCAACCAGGCCAACAAGAAUCAGCCUGGAGAGGAAGACCAACAAUCGGCAGCCGCCUCGCCGGCCCCGCUGGGGACCUACUCUACGGAUACGGGAGCUCCCUCGGUGAACACCCCGCUGUCGCCGAUGCCACCGGACAUCAUCACCGGCAGUCCCAUUGAAAUACGCACCACUAUGGCCGCGGCGGACACCAGGGGAAAGCCUCCGUGUACCUUCAGCAUCAUGGUCUGAUCCGCCGGCCCUACCACGAGAUCAUUCCACGACCACGGGAGAAUGCGCAGACGAAGAAGGGCUGGCCACUGCAGCUCUGGCAACUCCGAUGUUAAAAGGAGUUUUACAGCGUCCACCACUUCCUUAGAAACCCAAGUGAUGUGCUGUCUGUGUUGUGACAUCGCUUCACGAACGAGCGAAUUGCGGGUUCGCGCUUGAGUGUGCACCCAUGCGACUGACUCCCUUCUCUCGCCUUUGGCGAGAUCUUCCCGCAUCUCGCCGCCGAUGUGCAACAGGAGUGUUAAAGGGUAACGUACGUGGUUGAGGCCCAGAAGCGUCUGACAAAUGGGUUGCAUGCUCUCUAGUGGUUUGUAAAAAUGCAUCGAAAACAAUUACUUUUCUAUGUACAUACAUUUAUAAGAACGCAACCCCGACGUGUGCAUGUAUGCAUGGCACUGAGCAAGACAUGUUUAGAAGCACGACCGCAACCAUGCAGCAGCGAUCGCUGCUCGCCACUCCACGCUCAUACUCCUGCCUUGUUCAGACAACGGCCAGACCAUGCACUCGAUUGCCCUUGUGUACGAGUGACGACCGCUUAUGGUGCGUUUGUCAAUUUUCUAUUCUUCUGCCACAUAAUUACGCGUAGCAAAGUUUAUGAAAGACUGCUAUCACUGCUAGUGCGCGUGUUUAUUUGCAGGCAUUGGUUUGCACAUGCAAAAGAAUGGGGCUUGUCAUUCCUGUCUAUGCACAAUCACAUGACGCGGGCCAGCAGUUUGACUUUUAGUAGGGGACCCUGUAUAUUCGAUAGAGUACAACACACAGACACUUGCAGAUUUUUUUUUUAAUUGCCUGUGGGUGGUAGCACAAUUCUAGUCCGUGAGCGGGUCUCCUCGAAGUGGCGGACUUUCCUUCCCCAAUAAAUUAAUAUACAAAUCGACUAAUUAACGGACAUUUACUAAUUAUUUUUCUAACUAAUUACCUUAGAGCACAUAUAUUGCAAUUUACCAAUUCUGGCCGGUGAGACUGCAAGGCGUAUCCACUUGAAAAGAAAUGAGUGCAUGACACCAUUUACGAAAUAUGCGCCUUCAAACUUGCGGUGAAAAUGCACUGUCGUUCCACUUACUUUCUUAAUAAAACGUGGUUUUAUGCAGUGAAGCACGAAAGUAACUGGAACGCCGAUGCAUUUCUCCACAAAGUUCAGGCAUUAAUAUCUCGAAACUGGUGUCAUCCUCAGAAUUCGUUCCAAGUAGAUCCGCCUUUCGAGCUCCCUAGCUAGAAUUUGUAAAUUGCAAUAUGUGCCAUAAGGUAAUUAGGUAAAAGCUUAAUUUGCGAGUUUUUGUUAAGUAGUCGAUUAUGCAUUGAACGUUUUGUGCAAGUAAUGGCCGCCUCUUCGAGUAGCCCAGCUAAUAGGUUAGAAUUGUGAUAUCUGCCACAUGAAAUUAAAAAAAAGUUUUGAGUGUUCGCUGAAACACUCGGUAUAUACAGGGUGUCCCACGUAACUUGAGCCAAACAUUAAAAAUAUGCAAAUGCCACGUAGCUGAGCAGAAUAAAGAUAAUGUUGUUUGCCGUCGCUUA